GUGUAUAAAAGAGGAGGACAGUCAGAGAGGAGGAAGAGAGGAACAGAGAUACAGCAGAAAGAAAGAUAAGCCAUCUUUGUUCUGCUUCUCUGAUCUCAGUAGGAUCAACCCAACCCCGGAGAACUGUUCACUACUGACUGCAAAGACAGAAAUGGCAGACGUCGCCACUCCCGCUGAAAAGAAGGCCCCCCCUAAAUUCAAGCAGAGGACUACCCGUACCUUCAAGAGCAAGGCCCCCAAGCCUGGCCAGAAGGGAUUCGGUGACGACAUCCCCGGCAUGGAGGGUCUCGGCACAGACAUCACAGUGGUCUGCCCAUGGGAAGCCUUCGGUGACAUGGAACUCAGCGACCUGGCGAAAUAUGGAAUUGUUUAGACCCCCUACCCCUCCUUUCCUUCCCUCGACCACCCCCCUCCACUUCUCUUUCCUUCACUCCCCCUCACCUCCUCCUUUCUGGACCCUGCUGUCAGGGAUUCCAGCACUCCUCUGAACUGACUCGUUGUUUUGUUACACCAUCUUGUACAAGGCACUUCCACUUUGAUAUCAGCUCAUUGUUUAAGAGCCGGGCAUUCCAGGGUGCACUCACCCUGAGAGAAUUGGUGCAGUCACACACACAGUGAUACUUGGAAAAUAUGCACACACCCGCUUUAAACAAAAGACACAUAUGACCAAACCUCCUCCUGCCACUGUCCUCCUGUAGAAAUCUCACAUAAACGACCAGCUAAGCAAUGUCCUAACAACGGAAGUCAAAUGACACUCAAGGAGAUUACAUAUAUAGUGACGUGCAUUUGCUUUAUGCAGUCUGGUAGGUAAAUAAAUACAUGGCAGUGAUGCUUACUUCUAGAAACUAAUACUACAGUUUCAAUGGUGCAUUUCUUGAGAGAGAAGCUGGACUAGAUUUUUUAAAGAGGGUUCGAUUGACCGUUGUUUAUAUCUCAAAGAUAGUUGGUCUCCCCCCACCUGCCUUUUUUUUCUUUCUACCUGCACCCUCUCUCCUUGAAAGCACUCUAUAUAUACAGAAAUAUAUAUUUAUGUACAAAAUAAAUCAAUCCAUUUUUAUUUUUUUUACA